GCGCCAACUCACAAACGCAGGUCGCCUACCUGCCGUUGCCACGUGCCCGGCGCGGUCCAUGCACCUCCCGAGAGCCAUCGCGGCGGCUCUAUUCGCGCUUCUAGCACUCCCAUCGACGUGUCAAACCACCCUCACCCCGACAACCCCGCUUCCUUCCUCGACAUACGAAGACGUCGAUGACCCCGGCAACGACGCACUGGACGCUGCUGAUGGCGAUCCUGUUGAAGGUGGCUUGUUAAAUGACACAGCCACCACGCCAGUGACGACCCCAAGGGAACGAUAUGACCACGCAGAAGGGCCAAUCCCAGUCUUAGGAGCCCAAGCCACCAAGCCGUCGUCGGAUGGCUCGACCACGACCGUCUUGCUCUCGAUUGCAGUGGGGUUGUCGGCGUCCGUCGUCGCAGCGAUCGUAAUCGUUUCCCGUCGACGAAAUGCCCAGUUCCAGGCGGAAAUGGACAUGGCGACUGAAAAUGACUACGGCAUGGCGAUGAUGGAUCUGCCAGAGAACUACGACCAAGAUGGUAGCGAAGACCAGUACUCUGUCCACAGUUUGAGCACCCGUCGAAAAAGUUCACUCAUCGCUCAUCGCGACUUGACAUCAUCCGUCAUCCGCACCAGCAACAUUCUGGCUCCGCGCCCGUACCAUCAACCACCAGCAAACGCUCGAGAGGAUGUCGACUCGUUCGUGGACGAAUCGCUUUUCUUGCACACGACUCACUCUCUGACGCGGAUCGACUCCGCCUCGCCCAUCAACGACAACGCCAUGAUGGUGUUGCGUGCCACGACCAGUGAGGGGUACCUCGACACGGCGCAUUUUCUCCAGACGAUUCAUUCGACCUUUCCACGGACUGAAUUCUUUGGCGACAAGUCCCGAGAACACGUAGAGAUCAUCUAGGGGAAGCGUUGGGCCUGUACCGAUCGUAUUUAUAAAACCAUGACGAAGCUGUCGUCUGUCGACAAAUGUCUCCUC